AUGGCUGAUCUCCGAGCCGUGGCGUCGCUAUCCCGACUGGGACUGCGUGCCGCCGCUCAGCCAGCCGCAUCGCUGCGCUUCUCUGCGCCGUCGUUCGCGCAGCGCACAUUCGGGAAGCCUCAAUCAAGACUUGCGCUUGCGCCGUUUUCGUACCGGCAAUACGCGGCCACCUCGAGAGCACUCGCCUUCCGACCUCGGACCUCGCCACCCGCCUACCGCCGACUAUUUGGCACCUCGUCGCACCACAUAUCCAGGAACCAGCUCGCCAGCGCGGAAGAGUCUGCCAACAGGAAUCCCGGAAAUGCCAAUGCGCAAAAUGCCUUUUACCAGCUUCUUCUGCGCGCCAACAUGCCCGGAAUCCUCGUCGAGCGCUACCAGUCCGGCCGAUUCGGCACAAACCCUGCGACCGAGGACGCCUACAGAAAGGCGCUGGCGGCCCUGAACGCCGGCACCAAUAUGACAUCUGGCGCCGCGUCGGGAGCCACCCUUGGCCGUCUUGGAUACGGCUCCGAUGCUGCCAUUGCCAACGCUGCUGUUGGCCACGCGGGUCUCGGCAGCGCUACUGCUGGCGGCAAGGGCGAGCCUAUUCAUGUCGUGGUUCAAGAGACGACGCGCAUGUUCAUCUUCCGCUGGGCUCGAUUCCUUGCGACCUUUUUCCUUGUGACCUACCUGUGUUUCGUCGGUGUCACCAUUCUCAUCGAGUUCCUAAGCUCCUUCCGCCGCGCUGGUGGGAAGACUGACUCCGAAGUCAAGGCUGAGAAUCAAAAUACCCGGUUUUCAGAUGUACAUGGAUGCGACGAAGCCAAAGAAGAACUCCAGGAGGUUGUUGAAUUCCUCAAGAACCCUGAGAAGUUCUCUGACCUCGGUGCCAAACUCCCCAAGGGCGUUCUUCUUGUUGGCCCGCCCGGUACCGGCAAGACCCUCCUCGCCAGAGCCGUGGCCGGUGAGGCUGGCGUGCCAUUCUUCUACAUGUCUGGAUCUGAAUUUGACGAGAUUUACGUCGGUGUUGGUGCCAAGCGCGUUCGCGAACUCUUUGCCGCAGCCAAGGCCAAGUCACCCGCCAUCAUCUUCAUUGACGAGCUUGACGCGGUCGGUGGAAAGCGCAACCCUCGCGACCAGGCUCACUCCAAGCAGACUUUGAACCAACUUUUGACCGAGCUGGAUGGAUUUGAUCAAGACACCAAAAUUAUCAUCAUGGCUGCCACCAACUUGCCCAAGCUCCUGGACAAGGCUCUGACCCGACCAGGUCGAUUUGACCGUCACAUUGACGUAGGUCUUCCUGACGUCCGCGGCCGUAUUGCUAUUCUGGAGCACCACGCGAAGAAGAUUAAGCUGGCCCAAGAUGUCGAUCUCAAGGCAAUCGCUGCUCGCUCGCCUGGCCGCUCCGGUGCCGAGCUAGAGAACAUGCUCAACUUUGCCGCGCUUCACGCUAGUCGCGCCAAGGCGAGCAUCAUCUCUAGAGGCGACCUUGAAUGGGCAUUUGAUCGCGUCAGCAUGGGCGCUGACAAAAAGUCAAUGGUCAUUUCGGAGAAGGAAAAGGAGAUGACUGCGUAUCACGAGGCUGGUCACGCCCUUGUUCAGCUAUAUGAUAAGGAGAGUGACAGCAAGCUGUACAAGGUGACAAUUCUGCCCAAGGGCGGAUCGCUCGGCCACACAGCCAAUGUCCCGGCUAUGGACAAGUACUCCACCACGGCCGCCGAGUACACCGCCAACAUCCGCGUGCUUCUCGGUGGCAAGAUGGCCGAGGAGAUGCGCUACGGUGAUGACAGGGUCACAUCCGGAGUCUCUAGUGAUCUGGAGCGCGCCACGGAUUUGGGCUUUAUGAUGGUUGCGCAGUUUGGCAUGUCCCACGUCCUGGGCCCCAUGGAAUAUGGACGCCGCUAUGAGAACCUAAGUUCAGAAACCAGAGCCAUCAUCGAGUCGGAGGUGCAGAAGAGCCUCAAGAAGUCGUACGAGGAUGUGCGCAAGCUUUUGACGGAGAAGCGCAAGGAACUAGAUCUCCUUGCUCAGGCGCUGGUCAAGUACGAGACGCUGGAUAAGGAAGAGGUGGAGAUUGUUAUUCGUGGCGAGUCUCUGCCUGGCAGACCGGUUCUUGCCCGUGGCCCCAUGGUGAUGCCAGUUCCGGUCGAGCCCCCUGCCCCUCCUGGCCUGGGCGGUGUACCUCACCCCGAACCCGAAUCACCGGCUCCUCCUGCCGCCGCGGAAUGA